AUGUCGAAUUUGUCAAAGCUUGAAUUUGUGGUAUUUGAUAUUUCUGGAAAAAAUUAUUUGUCAUGGGUACUUGAUGUUGAAAUUCACCUUACCGCUAAGGGUCUUGGUGAUAGUAUAAUCGAAGGAAAUAAAGCAUCAAGUCGAGAUAAAGCGAAAACUAUGAUUUUCCUUCGUCAUCAUCUUGCUGAAAGCCUGAAGGUUGAAUACUUGACGGUAAAAGAUCCACUUGAAUUGUGGAUAGGUUUGAAAGAGAGGUAUGACCACCUCAAGGCAACUGUAUUGCCAAGGGCUAGUUAUGAGUGGAUGCACUUACGGUUUCAAGAUUAUAAAAUCGUUUUUCAAAAAUACUCUGAAUUGAUCUCAUGCCUUCUGGUGGCUGAGCAACAUAAUGACCUUUUAAUGAGAAACCAUGAAGCCCGUCCCACUGGAAGUGCUCCGUUACCGAAAGCACACAUGAUAGAAGAACACGACCAGUCUGAAAUACGACAAAAUAAUCGGGGUCAUGAUAAUGUGCGUGGGCGUGGCAAAGGCAAAAGACGAUAUAAUAAUCGUCGAGGUGGUGGUCAUAACAAAAGGGAGAACAAUGUGGGUUCUCAAAAUAAUCUUUCUAAAGGAAAGGGCGAUCACUGUCAUCGUUGUGGCCUUAAAGGUCAUUGGAAAAAUGAAUGUCAGGCACCUGAGCAUUUUGUUAGGCUGUAUCAAAAUUCCAUCAAAAGGAAAGGAAAUAAAGGCGGUGCCUCCUCUUCUAAUGCCCGCGUGGAGUCACACUUGACUCUCAAAGAUGAUGCUCAAGCAGGAUAUUCUCAAAAAUAUGAUGAGAAUGUUGAGGCAAAUUUAGCAUUGAAAGAUGAUGCUUUUGAUGGGCUCAAUGAUAUUACUCAUCUAGAAGCUGAGGACUUCUUUGGGGAUUGCAAUUGA